UCAAACGGUGUCCCUUUUCCCUUCCUCCUCUCUCAAAUUCCCCUUUCCCCUUCCUUCCAUCCACUGUUUUCACUUCAAGAAAUUGUCACAAAAAUGUCUCCAAUGAUUCUCCCAGAGGAACUCCUUGUGGAAAUCUUGUCAUGGGUUCCGGUGAAGGAUCUCCUGCGGUUCAGGUGCGUCGCCAAGUGGCUGCGAGCCCUCAUCUCCGAUCCUACAUUCGUCAAACUGCAUCUUCUCCACAUGUCCUCCAGAAACGCACACAUCCUACUAACGUUUUACGACAAACACUACCCUGGAGACAAGUAUUCCGCACCCCGCAGGUACUGCGCCCCCUGCUCUGUGCACGCUUUACUCCACAACCCAUCUUCCACCAUCGAGGGUUUCCGCCCCUUCGACAUAAACGUUUACAGAGUCUUGGGUGUCUGCAACGGCUUGGUUUGCUUGCUCGUUUCGUACCGCUAUAGUCAUAGUGACUUUGAUGAAUUCUGGGUCCGGUUUUGGAACCCCGCAACGAGGGUCAUAUCCGACGAUUCGCCGCGCGUAUAUCUCCAUAAUGAUCGCCCCAGGCGAUACAAGCGAUACAUGUUUGGGUUUGGGUAUGAUGAGUGGAGUGACACAUACCAAGCAGUUGUUUUGGAUAAUAAUAAACCACAGAAUUUGGAGGUUAGAGUUCACUGCAUGGGUCACACUGGUUGGAAGAGCACUUUAACAACAACUUGUCCUGCUUUUCCCAUUCUGAGUCAAGAUGGAGCGUCUGUGAGGGGCACGGUUAACUGGUUGGCACUUCCCAAUUCGAGUUCUGAUUACCAAUGGGAAACUGUUACUAUCGAUGACUUAGUCAUUUUUUCGUAUGAUCUGAAGAAUGAGUCAUACAGAUACUUGUUGAUGCCUGAUGGCCUUUUAGAAGUCCCUCAUUCUCCGCCUGAACUUGUGGUCUUGAAGGGUUGCCUCUGUCUUUCUCAUCGUCACGGGGGAAAUCAUUUUGGUUUUUGGCUAAUGAAGGAGUUUGGAGUUGAAAAAUCUUGGACUCGCUUCCUAAAUAUAAGUUACGACCAACUUCAUAUUCAUGGCGGCUUUCUGGAUCAUCCGGUGAUCUUGUGCAUGUCUGAAGAUGAUGGUGUCGUGCUCCUGGAGAAUGGAGGACACGGAAAAUUUAUUCUGUAUAACAAGAGAGACAAUACAAUAGAAUGUUAUGGAGAAUUGGACAAAGGCAGAUUUCAGUUUUUGUCUUAUGAUUAUGCUCAAAGCUUUGUUAUGCCAUAUUGAAACUAAGCUUCCCUGCAUCUGCUUAUUAUUUGAGUUUAUGUUGAAUUAUGGUUUGUUUUGGCAGGAACAACAAGGUUCUUUUUAAAUUAUAGAUCUGCAACCCCAGCUUCAAGUGCAUCAUUGAUUUUCAUGGUAUGCAGAGGGAUGGAAAGAAGAAAGAUGGAGAAUUCAGAUCACUUAUUUUUUCUUUCGCAAAAUCUUAUCAGCUUUGGUCUUUCUAUUUAUGCUUGGCAUGGUGUUUCUUUUGCUCUACCACAUGAUGGUGUUUCAUACUCAUGUAACUAUUGGGGGUCAGUUGUGCUUUAGAUGGAUAUGUAUUCAGGUAGCAGGGGUUUAGUUGCUAUUGGUAUGGGUGCUUUUUGGUUUCUAUCUAACUCUUUUCGGGACUGACUUGGGCACAUCUUGUGUGGUUCAACUCAAGUCUAUAAAUGUUAAUUUUAGCUUAUAAAAAAAAAAAGUUACUUUAGCAACGGUUAUUCUCUUCAUUUCAAAGUACCUUCGGUCAAAGGCAUUUUUAGCCCUCUUUAUAUGUAAUUAGGAGCACUUUUGCAGCACCGUUUGAGUCUGUUAGGAUUAUUAUUAUAGCUGCAUCAUAAUAAUACUUAUAGUAUAUUUAUGAUAUAUGGUUGAAUGGAUUUUGUUGUA